CUUGUAUAGUAUCAAACAUUAAAAAAUUAUCCUUCGAUACUAAAAUAACAAAUGGUGAACUUGAAAGGAAUACUCAGAAGUUUGAACAAGAAACAAGUGAGAUUGUUCUCAACCAUCUACAAAGAUGCUUCUGAACUUCCUAUUCAUGAAUAUGCUGUCAGUAAGAAAACGUACAACCGAAUAUUUGUAUGGGGCCAUACAAAAAGUGGUGCCUUAGGUAUACCUUAUAUUCGUACAACAGAGAGCUAUGAUUUGAUGAAAGAUUUUCACAGACCUAAACGUAUGGGAUUUGGAGAGAAAAAUGAGGUGACCCAAGUUGCUUGUGGGUUUGGAUUUUCAUUGUUCAGCACAAAGAACAAGUAUCCAGACAAAUUACUUUACGGAACAGGAUUGAACACAGAUUCCCAGAUAGGUUAUCAUGAUGUCAGACAAGGCAAACCUCUGGAAAUAUUAUUUUAUCCCAAACCUAUUGAACUUCCAUUCAAGAACACAACUAAGUGUGAAAUUAAGAAAAUAGCUGCUGGUAGAGCCCACUCUUUGAUUUUAACACAUGAAGGAUUAUAUCUUCUUGGAAAUAACGCAUAUGGCCAGUGUGGAAGACCUAUUAUUCAAGAUGAGGACUAUUCUAGAAGCAAUUAUAUUCAUUAUAUUGAAAAUUUGGAUGGAAAAGAAAUUAUUGAUAUCGAAUGUGGUCAGGACCACAGUUUAGCGUUAACCGAGGAUGGAUGUGUUUAUUCAUGUGGUUGGGGUGCGGAUGGACAAACAGGAUUGGGCCAUUAUGAAAUCAUCUCCACAUUUACUAAAAUAAAGGGAGACAUAAGCACAGAAAGGAUAGUGAAGUUGAACUCAAGAUGCGACUUUGUAAUGGCAUUAAAUGACAAGGGAGAAGUUUUUGGUUGGGGAAACACAGAAUAUGGACAAGUGAUAUUGGAAAACAAUAGUCAACAACUGAAUACACCAACAUAUCUGAAAAUGUUGAAGCCACUUGGGAAAAUAAUAGAUAUAGCUGCAGGUGGUUCUUUUUGCAUGGUGUUGAAUGAUGAUCAUCGGGUAUUUUCUUGGGGGUUUGGUCUCCUUGGAUUUGGACCAAAUAUACUUCAAUGCAAUGAACCAACUGAAAUACCAGAAGUGUUAUUUGGGAAAAAUGAUUUUCAACCUGAUAACAUUGUAGAGAAAAUUUACUGUGGAGUUGGUCAUUCCUUAGCAUUAACAUCAAAGGGAGACUUAUAUUCUUGGGGGAGAAAUAGAAAUGGGUGUUUAGGAUUAGGCGAUGAACAUGAUCAGUAUUUUCCAUUGAAGGUUUGUUUGGGUGGUAUUGUGAAGAAUGUAUCUUGUGGAAUAGAUCAUACCAUAGCUGUUAGUAAACCAUUUCUGUGAAAAUAUUUAAUAAAAGAUAUAACGACA